AUGCUUGCCGUGGUCGUCGGCUUCACUUUCAUCGUAUCAUGGAUUGUUGCUUCAUUCCAUCGCAACCACAAUUCCUGCUUGAAAGACAUCCCUAAUGCUCAUUUCUCCGCUCCCUAUUCACGCCUGUGGUUGCUGUCGCUCCGAUGGCGGAAUCUGGAGAAUCGAACUCGAAUCCAACUCCAUCGUCGCCUUGGUCCAGUCAUUCGGAUUGGACCCCGUGAUGUGAGCGUUAAUUGCAUCGAUGACGGUGUUCGCACAAUCUAUAGCAGCAAGUUCGACAAAGAUGAGUCUUUCUACCAUGAAUUGUUCGACCAGGUUGGCUACAUGGUCACCAUGACAGGCAACGACGAGCACAGGGAGCGCAAACGUAUGCUUUCUCGCCCUUACUCCAAUUCGUACAUUCUCAACUCUCAAACCCUCGGCAGUGUCCUCUCCCGUGUUUCGAGUCACCUCAGAGAGAAAAUGACAGAGUGGGCAAGCACUGAUACCUCUGUCGAUGUCUAUCAGCACGCAAAAUGCUGCACACUUGACGUUGCCUCAGGGUGGCUCUUUGGCAGCGAGAACGCGACCGAUACUCUACGCGACCCAGAAUUUGAGAACGACCUUACAACGUUGGCCGCAGCGGCGUCGAAGAUAGUUUCUGUGCGGACCACCCUCUACUGGCCGUUUUCCUACCUUGCAAGCUUGAUCAGCAACAGGCUGCCCAAUCCCGAUGCCACUGUUCGAUGGCAAGCGUGGCUCACACGAGCGAUCACAGAUGCCUACAGGAGGCAUCCCACCAAGCCUAAUUCCACCGCGAGCCUGUAUGACAGUUUCUAUGAUGCUUUCAAAGCCGCCAACCCCAAGAUGCCGCGUAACGAAAUGGCUUCUUACAUCGCUGUUGAGUGCGAUGAUCAUCUUUCGGCAAGCCAUCUCGGCCUGGGAACGUUACUGGCAUAUACCAUGUACGAGCUAUCACGACAUCCAGACUGCCAGCGGGCGCUCCGGAAAGAGCUCUUCAGUCUAGCCGUACCUAACGAUCAGAGCAUGGCUCAUCGCCUUGCAGAUCUACCAGUGCUUGAUGCUGUCGUUACUGAGACCAUGCGGACCCGUGCACCCUGUCCUGGCCCGUUUCCUCGUGUCGUGCCGGACUCUGGCUGCCGGCUCGCGGGGAAAUUCGAUGUCCCCGGCGGCACCAUCGUCAGCUCCUCUGCCUGGGCCCUUCACUUCAACCCAAUUCCUUUUCCGUCCCCGGAGAAAUGGCACCCGGGUAGAUGGAUCGAAGCAGACGACGACACGGUCGCGGAGAUGCGGAAGUGGGUUUGGACCUUUGGAAGCGGCGCGCGAGUAUGCAUUGGCACUCAUUUCUCCAUGCGUGUCAUAAAAGAGCUGCUUGCAACAGUCUAUACGGAUUACGAGACUUACCUGGAUGAUGGAUUCACAGGAAAUGUGGAACAGGUGGAUGCCUUUUCCGCGGGUCCUAUUGCAGGUUGUCUACAGCUGAAAAUCCGACGGCUCACAUAG